AUGUCUUCCAGCAAUGAUGUGUACCAGACUCCUCUCAACUCGCGUUAUGCGAGCAACGAGAUGAAGUAUCUUUUCUCUCCCAGAAACCGAUUUUCAACAUGGAGACAAUUGUGGUUGUGGCUUGCGGAGUCUCAGAAGGAGCUUGGCCUUCCUAUCCCCGAUGAGGCCAUUGAGCAGAUGAAGGCCCACCUCACUAUUCAGGACGAUGAGUUCAAGGUUGCUGCUGAGGAGGAAAAGCGUCGGAGACACGAUGUCAUGGCUCACGUUCACGCCUUCGGUCAAGUUGCUCCCGCAGCUGCCGGUAUCAUCCACUGGGGUGCUACUUCCUGCUACUGCACGGACAAUGCGGAUCUUAUCUUCCUCCGUGACGGAUUGGAUAUUCUCAUCCCUAAACUCGCAGUUGUCAUUGAUAAGCUCUCUGCUUUCGCUAAGCAGUACAAGGAUCUGCCCUGCCUGGGUUUCACCCACGGUCAGCCUGCUCAGCUUGUGACCGUUGGAAAGAGAGCCUGUCUAUGGAUUCAGGACUUGCUCAUGGAUUUGCGGAACCUUGAGCGGGCCCGCGAUGACCUCCGUUUCCGUGGUGUCAAGGGUACCACUGGUACUCAGGCCUCCUUCCUCCAGAUCUUCAACGGUGACCACGACAAGGUUGAGCAGCUUGAUGAGCUUGUUACCAAGAAGGCCGGUUUCGAUUCGGCAUUCAUCAUCUCCAGCCAGACAUAUUCGCGCAAGAUCGAUGUUGACGUGGCCAACGCGCUUGGCUCGUUUGGAUCUACUUGCGAGCGUAUCGGUAUUGACAUCCGCCAUCUGGCUAUGCUCAAGGAGGUUGAGGAACCUUUUGAGAAGGACCAGAUUGGAAGCAGUGCUAUGGCUUACAAGCGUAACCCUAUGCGGUCUGAGCGCCUUUGCUCGCUCGGAAGGCACCUCCAGAACCUGCCCAAGGAUGCUUUGGACACCUACUCCGCACAAUGGUUCGAGCGUUCGUUGGAUGACAGCGCCAUCCGCCGUAUCAGCAUUCCCGAGCUUUACCUUUCGGCCGAUGCCUGCUUGAUCCUCCUCAACAACGUCACUUCCGGUUUCGUUGUGUAUCCCGAAGUCAUCAGACGCCGUGUCAACGACGAGCUUCCUUUCAUGGCAACUGAGAACAUCAUCAUGGCAUGUGUGAAGAAGGGUCUCUCCCGCCAAGACGCUCACGAGGAAAUCCGGCUCGCAGGCGUCCUCUCCCACCAAGCAUCGGACAACGUCAAGAAGCUCGGAAAGAACAACGACCUGAUCGAACGCGUCCGCCGCACCGACUUCUUCGCCCCCAUCCUUGACGAACUCGAUACUCUCCUCGACCCCAGCACCUUCGUCGGCCGUGCUCCCCAGCAGGUGGAGAAGUUCACAUCGACAGAGGUCAAGAAGGCACUUCAGCCCUACGAGGAGCACCUCCUCAAGGCCGAGACCGCCGCUCUUUACGUCUAA